CCCUCAUUCUCCCCUCCCCUCACAUCCCCGACAGCGAGGCAGAAGCAACCCGAGCCGAGCCGAGCCGAGCCCCAGCCCACCAUCUCCCCCACCUCCUCCCAGCCCAGAACCUCCUCCUCCUCCUCCACCUUCGCCCAAUCCGCGCGCCCGCCCUCCACGCGCGCGGGCGGGCGCCCAUGGGAUGAGCCGCGGCGGCGGGGGAGCCCGGAUCCGGACCUAGGGUUUCCGGCUGCCACGCGCCAUGGAGUGGGACAGCGAGUCCGACGGCGGCGGCAGCGCAGGGAGCGGGGACGAGAUGGAGGAGGAGGAGGAGGGAGGGGAGAUGGUUGUUGUUGGGGGCGCCGGCGGGAGCGGGAGCGGGAGCGGGAGCGAGGGCGGGGGAGGAGGAGGAGGAGGGAUAGGAGGCGGCGACGGGGUCGGCGGGAUGUUCACGUUCGCCAUCGAGGGGAUGCUGCGCGGGGCCGGGCCGUACGGGCUGGUCGUCACGGACGCGCUCGAGCCCGACUGCCCUAUCAUCUACGUCAACCGCGGCUUCGAGGACGCCACCGGGUACCGCGCCGAGGAGGUGCUCGGCAGGAACUGCCGGUUUCUGCAAUGCAGAGGCCCAUUUGCUCAAAGAAGGCACCCAUUGGUUGAUGAUGCAGUAGUUUCUGGGAUUCAGAGAUGCAUAGACAAUGGUACUCAGUUCCGUGGUGAUCUGUUGAAUUUCAGAAAAGAUGGCUUUCCAUUGAUGAACAGGUUGCAUCUGACCCCUAUAUAUGGAGAUGAUGAUAUCAUCACCCAUUAUAUGGGCAUUCAGUUCUUCACUAAUGCAAAUGUUGAUUUGGGACCAGUACCUGGCUCAGUUACAAGAGAACCUGUGAGAUCUACACGGUUUGCUCCGGAUAACUUUUUCCGGCCCAUAACCACCGGACUAGAGCAGGACAACUUCUGCAGGGAGUAUUCCAGUCUCUUCCAGCUAACUGAUGAAGUACUUUGCCAGAGUAUUUUGUCAAGGUUGUCUCCAAGAGAUGUCGCAUCUGUGAGCUCUGUAUGUCGACGGUUGUAUGACUUAACAAAAAAUGAAGAUCUUUGGAGAAUGGUUUGCCGUAAUGCAUGGGGUAGUGAGACUACUCAAGCUCUUGAGACUGUGCCUGCUGCGAAAAGAUUGGGCUGGGGUCGGUUGGCCAGAGAACUAACCACCCUGGAAGCUGUUGCCUGGAGGAAAUUGACAGUUGGAGGUGCAGUGGAGCCAUCUCGAUGCAACUUCAGUGCUUGUGCUGUAGGGAAUCGUGUUGUUCUCUUUGGCGGGGAAGGUGUUAACAUGCAACCGAUGAAUGACACAUUUGUGUUGGAUUUGAAUGCUAGCAAUCCGGAGUGGAGACAUGUCAAUGUAAGCUCAGCUCCUCCAGGCCGCUGGGGCCAUACACUAUCGUGCCUAAAUGGAUCUUGGUUAGUUGUGUUCGGGGGAUGUGGAAGGCAGGGCCUUCUUAAUGAUGUAUUCAUGCUGGAUUUGGAUGCGAAACACCCAACUUGGCGGGAGAUCCCUGGUGUUGCACCACCAGUUCCGCGUUCAUGGCACAGCUCCUGCACUUUGGAUGGGACAAAGUUGGUGGUGUCUGGUGGUUGUGCUGACUCAGGUGUACUACUCAGUGAUACCUUUCUUCUUGAUGUAAGCAUGGACAGACCUGUAUGGAGGGAAGUACCUGCAUCUUGGACACCACCUUCUAGAUUGGGCCACUCAAUGUCUGUCUAUGAUGGUAGGAAAAUUCUGAUGUUCGGCGGUCUUGCCAAGAGCGGUCCUCUCCGACUACGAUCCAGUGAUGUGUUCACAAUGGACUUGAGCGAAGAAGAGCCCUGCUGGCGGUGCCUCACCGGGAGUGGAAUGCCUGGGGCGGGAAAUCCGGCUGGAGCUGGUCCGCCUCCUCGUCUUGAUCAUGUUGCUGUGAGCUUGCCAGGGGGAAGAGUGUUGAUAUUUGGUGGAUCAGUGGCAGGCCUCCACUCGGCAUCACAGCUGUAUCUCUUGGAUCCGACUGAAGAGAAACCUACCUGGAGGAUACUUAAUGUUCCUGGGCGACCUCCGCGAUUUGCGUGGGGCCACAGUACUUGUGUCGUUGGAGGUACAAAAGCGAUAGUGCUUGGAGGACAAACUGGAGAAGAGUGGAUGCUCACUGAAGUACACGAGCUCUCUCUGGCUAGUAGUAACUCAGUCUGAGGUACAAAGGUCUUUGCAGCAAGCUUCCCUGAAAACAAAUGGGAUCUUUCAUGUGGCGUUAAACUUGAUCGUCUUCAGCACCAGGGCUGGAGCACUGAAUGUUUGGCGCUCCGAAUGGAUGUAUUUUCCUGGAAGAGAGAAAUGGUUGGGUCUGAAGUAAAGAUUAAACCUCUUAAACCGGGGUUGCUUGCUAUGUGUAGCUAAUGGGUAGUGAUAUGUUUUUCUUGUUGUUUGUUUGGUCUUCAUAUGAGAUAAGUAUAAUUCAUAAGCUACUCCCAUGGAAUGAGUAUCAGUUUUAUGUAUUCCCAGACGAUUCUGACUUCCAUUCUGUUAGGUUAAGAAAAAAGGAUUACGCUGUA